UUGUCAUCAAUUUUGUGAUUAAUGUUGUCCUGCGAUCAUUCGAUAUUAAGCCAUUUGUCCGCUGUCUGGAGAUUUGCCCCGGUAUGCUGUAUGCCCACCCGUUCCUGCAACAUGCACCUCUUCGCCGGCAGUUACGACAGCGCCGUGGUGUACGACAUGUACCAGUGGAACGCGGUGGAGGUGUUGAUCAACGGAGCGCUGCAACACGGCGUCGUCGUCGGUCUGGCAUCUGGUGACAACGCCAACCGCGGUCUUCUAAUCGAUUUCGACUGUCCGCAGCGUCACUCUGAGUUUGCCACGUUCGACAGCAUCUUCAGCGGUCCGUACCUAGCCCCCGGGUCUUGGGAUGCCUGGAAGAAGCCUGCAUGGGCGGAGAAGCAUCCUCUACAAGCUUUAAUGCGCGUCGGGCGAGAUCGCGCGUGGACGUGGUGUCCUGUCAAAUUCAUACUGCCAGAGAAUGCCCAGCUGUGUAAAGCGUUGUUCAGCGAUAUCCGUUGCGGACUGGUGGAGGUGCAGUGGGGCGAUGCGCAGACGAAGGAGCUGAUUCCGCUCCCUCAGAUCCGCGGGGUGCCUUCACCUGAAGAUCUGCAGGUGCGCCGCGGGCAUCCUGAGAGUUUUGUCAGCCGCGAAUGCCGUCUGCCCCGCGGAUACUGGUCGGCGCCCCCGGAGGCGACGCGACGGCUGUGGGAGAGGCUCGGCCGCGAGUUUAGUGCCUGCUGCAUCGCCGUGCGCACUGAAUGCUUCACGUAUUUCCAGCGCCACGAUGAACUGCCUAUUUCACCCGACAGACUGGACAGUACUUUCGAUUACUUUAUCCAACACCCGUCGACGCAUAACAGCGGCCGCGGCGAGACGGAAGGGCGCCCCGAAGGGGAAUGGAUCAACCGGCGCUUCGUGCCCCCUCUGAGAAGAGUCAAAGCCCCGCCCACCGAGGCACAUCGAACGAGUCGCGGCAUUCCCUUGGCCAGCGAAAUACUGUCGGAAGUCUUCCAGUCGCUGGACAGCGUCGAGCGGGUGCGGAAGCGGCGCGUCUGCCGCCUGUGGGAGGCCGUGCUGGACGCCGGCGCCCUCGGGAACCCCCUGUGGAUCUCCUGCCGGUAUCCCUUCCACACGGUCCGCGAUGCCGAGACGGAGCAGUUUAUCCUGGCGGGCGGCCUGCUGAAGUACGCCACGCCCACCACGGACACCGUCAUCCUGGAGGAUUCCUUGGAGCUGGCGUACCGGUCGCGGGACGUGUAUGAACUGUUAACGACACUCGUGCAGUCGCGGCGCUUCACGACGCUGGUCCUGUCGCGGUGCGAUUUCAGCGAUCAGGACUUCGAUUUUGGCGAUUAUUUGGAGUGGAUCAACGAGCGGUUGUCCGCGGUGGCCGCGACGUGCAGUGUGGUCGUGUGGCGUGAUUGCAAGAUGGCGCUGACGUACACCAGCGCCCAGGUGACCUUUGCCCGCUUCGAUCUGCGGGAUACACCGGCGCGGCGCCUGGCGCAGUUGUGGGAGGUGUAUGAAAGGUCACUGGUGUCCCCGGAGGUGAUCGACGUGCCGCGGCUGGCGGCGUGGGUGGCGCGGUGUGUCAGCGCGCCGGAUACUGACGCCUGCUUCGGCAUUCUCCUGGUGUUAAACGAGUAUGUCGGUGCUGAUCCGCGGACGCUGCCGCCGCGCUCCGCGUGGACGAUGGAGAAUCUCAUCGAUUUGGAUGUGUUCAGUCUGCCGCGAGUGGCGCAGUUUGCUUUGUACAGUAUGACUGGCGAGAGUUGACGAAAGUGCAGUCGACGGUGUUAAUACCGUGUUAUGUACCGGUUCGGUGCUGGCGGUGAUUUUUAUUUACUUUCACUGUGGAUGUCUUCUCUUGCCAGGUAGUACUGGUGAAAUUGGAAUUACAGUUGAAGUUGAAUUUGAA